GGGGUUUCCAGAGGAAUAUAAAAAACAUGUUGAUUUGAAAUUCGAAUAGCAGAACACCUCAUUCGCCGGAUCACCUGUGGACUGUCGUUCAUCCCACAAUUGUUCGCUAGCAAUCAGAACAGUGGAAGAAUAAGGAGCUAAAAAGAACGUUUUGAGUGGUCUAAUGGCCGUUUUAGCCGGCUUCUCUCUCCCCGCUGCCCUCUCAACACUAACAGGCAACAGGUUUCCUCUGUCGCGGCCGGCGAGGCUUACUUCAUCGAGGCAGUUCCCACACCGGCGAAUCGUUCUCCGGCUACAGAGUCGCGGCCGAAGUUUCGUCGGGUCAAUGUUCACCGACGAGGAACAGGAGGCGGUGGUUCCCGCGUCGGUGCCGGUUCGUGUAGCCCAUGAGCUCUUGCAGGCUGGACACCGCUAUCUGGACGUCAGAACGGUUGAUGAAUUCAAUGCGGGUCAUGUGGUGGGGGCAACGAACAUUCCUUUUAUGUUAAAGGCUGGAUCAGGGAUGACGAAGAACCCAUACUUCUUGGAUGAAGUCUCAAAAUUUUUUGGAAAGGAUGAUGAAAUAUUGAUUGGUUGCCAAAGCGGGAAGAGGUCUCUCAUGGCAGCAGCUGAGCUUUCAUUCGCAGGCUUUACAGGCCUGACAGAUGUAGCAGGAGGCUAUGCAUCAUGGUUGCAGAAUAACCUUCCUACUGAGCAGUAAUUUGAAGUUGAGCAAUAUAUGAUCUGAAUCUAUGAGCCAAGAAAGACUAGUUGGAUAUCAAUAAUUUGUAAAGAAGCCAAAUCUCGUGGAAGUGGAUUUAAUUCCUAUUAUAAAAUUUCUAAAUUAUAAAAUGAAUAAGGAUUAUAAGAAGUAUCUUUUGAUAUUAUUUGUAGACAUAUAACAUGUAAACAACAAAGGCAUGCCUAGCGCAUGAAGGUCAUGCUAAUGAAUAGUUUGAUGAUGAUUUAUGUAUGUGAUCUUAUAUUAUCCAUUGAAUCCAAAUUUAUCUUUGGGCGA